UUUUACCUCGCAUUAAUGCAUUCUUUGAAGAUGUUACAGCGCUUGGCACGUAAGCGUCUGGAAUCAUUUUGAGGAUUCUCGAGGUUCUUAAUCAGCGCCAUGUACGCGGGUUCUGCAUAAUACGCGGUUCCCGCAGAAUUCGACCGUCGAUAACUUCUGCUGCAUGAAAUCAAGGCCAAAAGCGGGAAACGGGCCUAUUAGAUGCAAAUUUCCAGACUGAUGCAGAAACGUGGCUCUUAUUCCCUCGGAUGUUUUAUCAUAGAUAUACCCGCAUGCACCCCUGUUCUUUCGUUCCCAAAGGGCCUGAGAAUGAGUCCUUAAUGCCCUGUCGAUCAGAUGAAGACUUUACACUUAAGAUGGAAGGUAACCACGACGUCGCCGAAGAGCAGUGGAUGGCCUUGCCACUAUUUAAUCGAGCCUCCUCUCCGGACACUUCACGAAACGUUUCGACAUGCUAUGACCCAGAACCCUUACCCGAAGUACCACCACUACCAUGGUUUAUGGACCAAACAAGAUUGGGUGGACUCCCAGAGAUGCCAGUCCCGUGGCUUAUGGAUACUUCUAUGCUCGGACUCCCUUCAGAGCCGUCCAUAUCAUGGCUCAUGGAUUCUCCCAGCCUCGAAGAACCGUCGAUGCCGUGGAUUAUCGACUCGUCGGGCCUCAAAACCCCCCCAGAUCCGCAGAUCCAGUGUUUUAUCCAGACUCCUCUUCUUGAAGCCCCCUCAGACCCCCCUACGCCUUCAUCCUCACGCAUACGAGAAGGGCCGCCGGCCCCCCCCUGGCGCGACGAGCCGAUUCUUUCUCGCCCCGGAAGCAGCAGUCGCCAUCGAGACUCGCCCCCCGAGCUCCUACCAGACUGCAUCACGCCUCCUGAUUCGACCUCUCUCGCGCGUGCCAAGUGUCCGUUCCCGGGAUGUAAAUCGACGGCGCGUUUCGCGACGCCACGAGACUUUCGACGGCACUAUCGCCAGCAUUUCAAACGAUUUUUCUGCCAUUAUGAGAACUGUCCCCAAUCGGCGCCUGAUCCACACAACCCUAGUAAGCGAGGAUUUGCCACUCGAAAGGAUCGCGACCGGCAUGAAGCUAAGCAUAAACCGGAAAUCCGGUGCCAAUGGCGUAACCAGCACGGCGAGCAAUGCACCAGGGUCUUUAGCCGUAUGGACAAUAUGAGGGAUCAUGUUCGAAGGAUUCAUCAGCGAAAGUCCUAGAGAGUCGAUGCCCUCCCACCGUCCGUAGGACUCCGGAAGUCUUAAACCUUUGUCACAAUGUGACGGUCUUUGGAUUCGCCGAUGCUACCCAAACUAAUGAAGAUUAGCCGCUCUGCAGUCCAUACCACAAGCCUAACAGCAUUAGGUUUAUCUAUCAACACGAGGCAGAAUGAUUCUGGGUUGGCCUGACGAUACGGCCAGUUCUUGAUCUAUCCUUCAGACUAUGUUGAUAUAACAUGUGUUCACUUAUACCCCCCACCAGGAAUUGCACCUUUAUGACUUAAGUCAAAUAGCACUCACGCCUCUCAGCAUGGUUUUGUUUGGGAUAUAACCGGUUUCAUGGAAACGUUUGUGUGAAGCUUACAUUUAUGUAUCGGGAUACAAGCAUCGUUAGGAGAGCAUCCUGAUAGAAAGAUACUCUUGGCUAUAUAAAAUAUAGUGGUAGACCGAGA